AUGAAGUUCUCAUUCACUGCCGCUGCUCUUUUGGCAGUUUCGCCUUUGACUGAGGCUACCAAGCCGCCUGUCACUGCCAAGAAGCUCCAAAAGCUCAUCACCGAGAAAGGGUUGAUGAAGAACUUGGAAACGCUCAACAAGAUCGCCUAUGCUAAUGGUGGAAACCGUGCCUUUGGUCUUCCCGGUUACGCCGCCUCAGUAGACUUCAUCUACAAGGAAAUCUCCAAGCUCAAGGGCUUCAAGACAUGGAAGCAGGAUUUCCCUGCAAACUUCACCCAAACUCUAGCCGCUGAGGUCACCGUCGACGACGAGACUUUCAGAACGGUCGCUUUGACCUACACACCCAGCACUUCUGAGGAGGGUGUCACUGCUGAACUUAUCCACGCCCCCGAGGGUGAGGAUGCAUGUGAUGUUGCCAACUACGAGGGCCUGGAUGUGAAGGGAAAGAUCGUUCUCGUUGAACGCGGUCUUUGUCCUGACCAGACCACAUUUGCUGGCAAAGUCAAGCCCGCCGCUGCUGCCGGUGCGGCCGUCGUUGUCAUCUACAACUCUGACGAGGCCAAGCUGACUGCAGGUACUCUGUCUGCUAUUAGCCCGGAUUACGUUCCCACAGCUCUCAUCGACCAGGCGCCUGGCAAAGCUCUCAAGGCUAAGCUCGAAGCUGGAGAAACGAUCGAAGCCUUUGCGAAGAUCAUUCAGACUAUCGAAACACGAAUCACACAGAACGUUUUUGCUGAGACCAAGGCUGGUGAUGGCGAGAAUGUCGUCAUGCUCGGUGCUCAUCUCGACUCUGUCCAGGCUGGACCCGGUAUCAAUGAUGAUGGUUCCGGAACAACACUCAUUCUUGAGACUGCCAAAGCUCUGCAGCACUUCUCUACCAACCUCAAGGUUCGCUUUGGUUGGUGGGGUGCAGAGGAGAACGGUCUAGUUGGCUCUCGCUACUACGUCAACAACAUGAAGAAGGAUGAGGUUGACAACCUCCUGGCUUACGUCAACUUUGAUAUGGUCUCUCGCGGUUUCUUCGGUGUCUUUGACGGUACAGGUGAAAAGGCAGGCCCAGGCGGACCUCCAGGUUCUGAUGUUAUCGAAAAUCUCUUCCGCGAGUACUUCGAGGCUGAGGAUAUCGAGGUCACACCCGUCGGUCUUACAGGCGGAACCGACUACGUUGCUUUCCGCGAGGUUAUCAAGAAGCCCGUUGGAGGUCUAUUCACUGGUACUGGUCUCGAGCAAGAUGCAUGCUACCACCAGGCCUGCGAUAACAUCACCAACCCCGUUCCUGAGACACUUCACACCAAUGCCCAUGCUGCCGCACAUGUUCUCAGCAAGCUUGCCAUCGAUGGUGUGGAGCUUCUCUCCAAGCCUCCGGCUAACACCACGGUGGGAUUUAUCAAGAGGGUUAGAGAUGAGGCUUCGUUGCAUUUCCACGAAGUCAAUAAUGCGGAGGAGUCACAAUAUUAA